AAUGAUGAAUCUCGCAUCUCGUUUCAGAUUUACCGCAACGCCAACUUUCAGAGAGACAAGCCUUUCCUGCUCGGGAACAUUCAGAGGAAAAGUGACCUGAGAGUCACCACCACCUGGCUAGGCACCAGUGCACCAACUCCAAAGAGAAAGAAGCCGGUGGCAGCAACAAGACAGUCCCCACGAAUCCAUCACGAGGAACCCGCCAACGACGACAAGACGGUCCUCGGCGCAGCCCCAAAUGCUCAGGGUCCCAGUGGCAGCCAGUCCUUCGCCUUCUCUGGCAUUUGGUCUCUGAGCAGCGCAGCCGGGUAUGCCAUGGCAACUCAUGGCCCGAGUGAGCCAGGUGGCCUGAGUGGGGAGGGCACCUCCAGGAACAUGAUGUUUGUGCCCCUGGCUACUGCCAGAAGGGAUGACACAGGGGAACUGCCCAUCAGCCCCCCAGUUUACCCCGACUAUGGUACGGUGAUGUCUCUGUAUAACACCUGUUAUUCCAUCCUGCUGGCAGCCCUGUCAGUCAUGUCCCAAAUGAGGCCCCCAGUGAGAACGAGGAGCAGGAGGGCUCCUCAGAUUACAAGUGUGCCCUCUGUGAACAUUUCAAGGAAAAUCCGGGUCCCUAGGCUCACAGGCCACUGAUGACAGCUAAAAACUCACCACUGUAACCGUCAAUGUAUUUUCGGCUUUAAUGGAAACAAACACAACUCCGCGGGAGUAAAUAAACAGUCUGACUAGAACGGCGAAUCUGUGUUCUUUCUCACGUAUGAUGCUACACACA